AUUGAGUCAUUGUUGAGAAGACUGUAUUGAGAGUCCAUUAUUAGUGUUGUAUUUAGUGUUGGAAUGCAUUGAAUGAAUGAAUGCCUGAAUUAAUACAUAAAUAUCUGACAGUUUGUCGACCUUUCGCUGCAAACGAUUGACUCAACCAUCACUUUAUGGUCACUGAAACACAUCCACACAUCACCACAACCUCCUCAGCCCAACACUGAGACCCACUAAACCCACACGUCUUUCAAUUGAUAUAACGGUGUGAAUGGACUGAUGAAUGUCUUGAGCGCAACAAUUGGUCCAAAGAGUUGAUGUGAUUGUUAUUGUAUUGUCUGUGAAUACAUCCCAACCGAAGAGUUGAGUCGACAACUGAUAUAAUGGCGACCAAUGGCUCAUCCAAUGUGUCUGAAGUGCGAACCAAUGGUCACAACCGAACGGAUUGUUCGCUUCAGUCGAUAGUCAAUGAGUUCUUGUGUUCACAAUUGGCUCUUAAGGGUUACAACUGGUCUCCAGAAGUGGUGGCCAACGGUGUCCACAACGCGGCCGACGACUCCCAUAACAACCAAUCGUUUAAUUCGAGUCAAAGGACUAAAAUAGUGGACGCGUUGAAGACAUUGGGCCACAAAUACGUGCGUUUAUAUGAGGGCCAGUUGUCGGCGAUGUGUGAGCGCCUGGAGUUGAGUCCGUCGACAGCGAUGACCACUUUCAACAGUGUGUCCAACGAGUUGUUCAUCGAAGGGAUCAAAUGGAAUCAUAUCAUCACUUUCCUGGUCUUCGGCUCUGAGUUCGCAUUCAGUUGCGUUCAAAACGGUUUCCCAAAUCUAGUGAAUGAAGUCUCCCAUUGGAUCACCGCUUAUGUCACGACACACCUGAGCCAAUGGAUCCGUGAUAACGGGGACUGGGAAUAUGUGAUUGAGUUUUCGGGCGAGAAAGUGGUUGAGGGACAGAAAAAACUGCUUUACGGAGCGGCCGGUGCUCUCGGAGUCCUCACUCUGGGCUUAUUUCUCCGAAACUUUUCAUUUUUCAAAUAAUCUCUUCUACUCUUCACUCAAAUUUAAUUUAUAUCAAGAAUUUCUCAUUUUAUGUCUACUAUUGAUUGAAACCAAGUAUUCAUUGAUCUGUACUUU